UAAAAAAAAAGAAAAAUCCAAAAAAUUUCCAAGCCCCGAGCCCUUUCGGUGGCCUGCCGAAAUUGCAUGCUGGGAGGUCUCAACGGCUUUGAACUCCCGCCAAUAUCACCCGUGCAAGCUGCUGAAAAUGCCGAUUUGAGUCUCUUGAAGCUCAUGGCUCCUCUCCAAUGGAACCAACCCCCCAGGAACCAUCCUCCUCCCACUCCCCAACCUACCAAGCUCUCCUCCGAGCUGGCCCCCGCCUCCGCCCCCUCCACCAAGUCCACGCCCGCAUUCUCGUCUCGGGCCUCCACCGCUCCCGCUCCCUCCUCACCAAACUUCUCACCCUCGCCUGCACCGCCGGUGCCAUCGACUAUACCCGCCGCCUCCUAUACUCCGUCCCCAACCCCGACUCCUUCCUCUUCGGCUCCCUCAUCCGGGCUGCCUCCAAAUCCCACCUCUCCUCCGACGCCGUCUUCUUCUACCACCGCAUGCUCUUCGCCCGGCUGAAGCCCUCCAACUACACCUUCACCUCCGUCGUCAAAGCCUGUGCCGACCUCUCGGCAUCGAAGAUCGGUAGAAUCAUCCAUUCUCAUGUUCUUGCUAAUGGCUUUGGCUUGGAUUGUUUCGUUCAGACUGCAUUGGUGGUCUUCUAUGCAAAAUGUGGCGACUUGGGCACUGCUCGGCAGUUGUUUGAUAGAAUUCCCGACAGAAGUGUUGUUGCAUGGAAUGCCAUGAUAGCGGGGUAUGAGCAGAAUGGUCUUGCUGAGGAAGCUAUCAAGUUGUUUCACAGGAUGCCGGCGGAAGGGGUUGAGCCUGAUUCGGCCACGUUGGUUAGCUUGUUGUCUGCCUGCUCCCAUGUGUGCGCAUUGAGUUUAGGUCAAUGGGUGGAUAAGUUUAUCGUUGACAAAGGUUUGGAUGUCAAUGUGGUUCUGGGCACUUCUCUCAUAAACAUGUAUGCUAGAUGUGGGCAUGUGAAGAAGGCCCGUGAGGUAUUUGAUGGGCUCCAAGAACGGAAUGUCGUUGCUUGGACUGCCAUGAUUUCGGGGUAUGGGAUGCAUGGCUAUGGGAAUCAAGCAGUCAAGCUCUUUCGUCGCAUGAAAACUGAAGGCCCAUCGCCGAACGAUGUUACCUUUGUUGCAGUUCUAUCUGCUUGUGCUCAUGCUGGACUGGUUAGUGAAGGCCAUGAAGUUUUUAAGUCCAUGAAGCAGGACUAUGGUUUGGCCCCUCGGGUGGAACACCAUGUCUGCAUGGUUGAUAUGUUUGGAAGGGCUGGGCUUCUUGAUGAAGCAGUCAGAUUCAUCAGGGACAGGAUACCAGGAGAAACGGGGCCAGAAGUUUGGACGGCGAUGCUUGGGGCCUGCAAGAUGCACAAGGAUUUUGACCUUGGAGUGGAGGUGGCCAAGCAGCUUCUUGCUAUCGAACCGGAGAACCCUGCUCAUUAUGUGUUGCUGUCUAAUCUAUAUGCAUUGGCUGGUAGGAUGGACCAGGUUGAGAAAAUUAGACAGGUGAUGAUUCACAGAGGUUUGAAGAAGAACACUGGGUAUAGCUCGAUAGAGAUCAAUCGCGUAACCCAUAUCUUUCGCAAUGGAGAUACAUCUCAUCCACAGACCAUGGAAAUUCACCAUUAUUUGGAGGAAUUGAUUUAUAGGAUCAGGGAAGCAGGAUAUGUACCAGAAACCGACUCGGUGCUUCAUGAAUUGGAGGAGGAGGAGAGGGAGUUUGCACUUAGAUUUCACAGUGAGAAGCUGGCAGUAGCAUUCGGGCUCAUGAGUACCGGUAACAAGACAUUGAUUAGAAUUGUGAAGAACCUUCGGAUAUGUGGUGAUUGCCAUUUGGCUAUUAAGUUCAUGUCAGUUGUUGCUGAUAGAGAAAUAAUAGUUAGAGACAAGCAUCGGUUCCAUCAUUUUAAAAAGGGCCUCUGUUCUUGCCAAGAUUAUUGGUGAUACCCUCCCUAAACGGGUCAAUCAUAAUAUUUUGGAUAUUAGUAACCUUCCAAUGAAGAUGAGCAUAGGAUGACUCUGCGUAGCUGGUAACCCAUGGAUAGGACAGUCAAUGUGAGUCGAGUUUUUAACAACAAGCUGGGCAUAUACAAAGGUCAAUCACAAGUGUUAUGUCCUCAUUAUUUGGCCAUUACUUUGGAGUUGAUGCUCGUGGUUCAGUCAUCCAUUCGACAAUAUGAGCUAUCUUCUUGCUUCAAAACAGCAAUUUUUUAGGUCUACAGCAGUUCCUGAGGUUUUCUACCGGGUCACAGUCUGUUCCAAGUGAUUUCAGCUACUGAAAAAAAAAGCAAGAGAUUAAUAAAUUAUUCAGAUAAUUGCAUUGAUUUGUUAUUAACGAGGUCUUUUUCUUAACAGUCUGUUCGCUCUGUUUAGUUAUCUUAAUUUUCUGUUCCUAUGGCUUCGUCUAUCCUGGAGCCAAGCUGCUUUGGGCACCAAAUGGAAAAUGGAGUUUCUAUCUGUUUUGGUUGACUUCCUGGAGCUAUGAAGUGGAUGAGUGUGAACAUUGUACAAUAUAUUCAAGACGGCCGAUAAAUUAUAGGAAAGGGAAAAGAAAAGCAUACAAAAUGCUUACUCAAAAAAAAAAAGAGAAGAGACUAUGUCAAUGAAUUGUGGUUGAUGACAAGUGUCUUCGAAUGUCAAGAAGGAUCUGAUUGGAAGGGUCAGUUGGCAUGAAAUCUUUCAAUGUGAAUUCUAGUAUCAAUGUAUCAUGAACCAAAGAAAUGAAAGGGGUUCUUAUCUGUUA